AUGGCUUCGGAUCUACCCGCUAGUCUGCAGGAGUCGGUCGCGAACUCGAAAUGCGAGUAUCGACGGCUGGGCAAGAGCGGUCUCAAGGUAUCCGUUCCCAUCUUUGGUUGCAUGAGCUUCGGUGAACCGGCAGCCCAGUCGUGGGCCAUCCCAGAGGAAGAGGCUCUGCCUCUGCUGAAGGCCGCGUACGACCGCGGCAUGAACACGUGGGACACGGCCAACGUCUACUCGCAGGGCGCCAGCGAGGUCAUCGUGGGCAAGGCGCUCAAGAAGUACGCCAUCCCGCGGCACAAGGUCGUCAUCAUGACCAAGUGCUACGGGGCCGUGGGCGAGGAGCCCGGCGUGCGCCACUUCUUCAUGCGCGACGCCGUCGAGCGCUCCAAGGACUACGUCAACCAGUACCACCUGUCGCGCGCCGCCAUCUUCAACCAGGUCAACGCCUCCCUGCAGCGCCUCGACACCGACUACAUCGACCUGCUGCAGAUUCACCGCUUCGAUUACAACACGCCCCUGGAGGAGACCAUGAAGGCCCUGCACGACCUGGUCGAGUCCGGCAAGGUGCGGUACAUUGGCGCGUCCUCGAUGUGGGCGGUCAACUUUGCUCGCCUGCAAUUCACCGCCGAGAAGAAUGGCUGGACCAAGUUCAUUUCGAUGCAAAACCACUACAACCUCUUGUACCGUGAAGAGGAGCGGGAGAUGAACCGCUUCUGCAACGACACCGGCGUGGGUCUGAUCCCCUGGGCGCCACUGUGCCGCGGACACUUGGCGCGACCCCCCAGCGACUUUGGCACCACGGAUCGUAGCAAGAUCGAGAAGGACACGUCUCCGGGAUCGCACGGGACGGUCGAGCCGGACUUGACCAUCAUCUCGCGCGUCCAGGAGAUCGCACAGAAGCACGGCUGGAAAAUGAGUCACGUCGCCCUAGCCUGGAUCAACAAGCGCGUGUCCAGCCCCAUCAUUGGCUUCUCCAGCGUUGCGAGGAUCGACGAGGCCAUCGAGGCUGGCGGCAAGACGCUCACGGAAGAGGAAGAGAAGUACCUGGAGGAGUUGUACACGCCCAAGCAGAUCGCAGGCCACACGUGA